AUGAACAACAAGCACAUGAAGAACAAGCACGGCAACGACAAACACAAGAAGCUCAAGCUAGAAGGCAACGCCUUCAUAAAGAGGAACAAAGGCAAGCGCAACAAGAGCGCCAAGUCAUCAAUGUUGUUCAACCUCAACAUGAUGGGGCACCACGCCCUCAAGGUCAAGAUAAUCGCCGCCAUCAUGAUGAUCGACCUCAUGAUGUUGGACAACUUUGUAACACUUCUAAUCUAUAAUAAUCGUUUGUUUGACUCAGUAUCAUAUUAUGCCCUUGCUUCUUGCAGUGCAGAAGUACUGGAUAAACACUUGUCUAUGGUCCAAAGUGAUCAUGAACAGAAAUCCCAGAUAUUGGAACGGAGAAUAAAAGAUGAUGCAGCUGUUGAAGAAGCUAAAAGACGGGAGCAAUCAAUGAAGGAUGAAAAAAUAAAGCAGGAAAGGACCCGGCAAGAAGCAGAGGCCAGGCAGAAGGCAGCUGCAAAAUUAGCAGCUGAAGCACAAAAAGCAGCAUAUGAGGCUGCUAAAAAGGAAGCUGCAGAAAAGGAAGCUGCUAAAUCGAGGGCAGAAGUAGUUUCCACAUCUGGCCAAAAUUCUCAGAACAGUAUUGAAAUCAAAUCAGAAUUACCAGGGAUCAAAGUCUAUGCCAAUAGUUCUGCAUUAAAAGCGGAAUCGCGGGGGCGUGCAUUACAUGACCAAGUGCCAUCAAACAUUUACCUCAGCAAGGAUUACAGCCGAUAUGACCGACAAAUUGGAAAGUCUAUUAGUAAACUUAUGCCUACUACAGACAGUGUCAAAGCCAGGGCUAGUGAACUUAUUAAAGCUUUAGAUGGACAAGAAUGCCCUCGCCCAAUUGCUUGUCGUUUAUUCGCAGACAAGAUGAUUUCAAUAGUGAAGAGUCGAAAUCCAAAGGACAAAACCUUUGGAAAUUUGGCCUUUGCGUGUGGAUAUGUCAUGCUGCUAGUCACUAACCAGGUACCAGAUGCAAUGGAUUAUCUCCUAGCCGAGUUCCACAAAGUUUGCAUGUACACAGUUCCCAAGCAUCUGCAUGCUUUGAAUGCACAAGCACGGAACACAGAUUACUUUAGGCUUAUUGGCUACCAGGAGGAAGAUGGAAAACUUCAGAGCACUGAGGCAUAUUUGGUAAAUGUUGCUGCAUACGUCAAGCUUUAUGCUGCCAUGAUUCAGACAGAAAUCAAGGGUGUGCGGCAUCCACAUGGCUUAGCUGAGGGAUGGAAAUGGCUUGCAAUGUUCCUCAAUUCUCUCCCAGCCAUCACAGCCACUGCUUGUGCCCUUCAUGCUUUCCUCAAGACGGCUGGGUUUGCGCUUCACAAGAAAUAUGGAUCCCAAUUCAUGAAAAUUCUGGAUGUCAUAUCACGGCAGUUCAUGCCAGCUUUGAAAGAACAAGGCUCGAAAGUUCAGGCAGAGGCUAUCAGUAAUCUACAAAAUUAUCUGGAUGACAAAAAAUAUCUAGAGGAGCCAGAAGGGCAGUACCUUGCCCAGCAGCUGCUAUCAAAAGGGUACAUGUGAAGAUCAACACUGGAUCGGCAUGGAGCUAUCAGCUAUGGUAUAUGGGCUGGCCACUUGGUCGUUCAUGAUUAGCAGCAGCAGUUUCUAACUGGUUCGCCAUGUGCUCAGAGAGGCAGUAGUAUUCCGUCGAGGGAGUGUGCUGCACGGUUAUAACUAUGGAGAAGCCCAGGACCGUCUUGAAGAUGAAGACUGUUUUAGAUAGCCUUCAUGUAUGAUCUUGAAAGAUAAUUUUUGAUAUCACGGGUUUCUUAUAUUUUAUGUGGCACAUGUGAUCUUGAACAUGAAUUAGGAUAAGUGGAAGGUCAUGCCAUUUGUUGUAUUGCAUGUGUGUACCGUGAGGGCAAAUGUUCCCUCAGUUUGAAGUCAACGUCAUUCCGAAUGUAAUUCCUUUUUUUGCGAAAAAAAAUCUGAAUUUAAUUCAGCUGCGUUGAACAAAUUAUUGUUUGUAUUCCCUCCGUUCC